AUGUCUACUGUGCUUUCAGCUCGCGGCGACAGUGCCGUCACCACCUCUUACAAGAAAUCUCAGACUCAAGGCAGCAUGACCAUAAGGCCCCCAUCUGCCACUGAUCUAUCCGCUUGGAUGUAUUUGCCCAUAUAUGGCGACAUUCCUGGCAAGUCUCUAGACCAGCUCAUGGUCGAUUUCGCAUCGGAAGCUGCAACUAUCAAGACUGUGGCGGUGUAUGAUGGCAGCGAAAAGGUAUUGGAGGAGCGGGAGCUUGGAAAGAGAGAGACUUUUGGUAUUUCUGGAGAUUAG